CAUUUAGAAAUCUAUAGUUCAUAUAUUAGCUUAAAUAUUAUGUUUGUCUUAAUUUAUUUUUGUUAUUCAGAAGUAUGUUUUCCUAUUAUAUAGUUUAGUUUGUUUAGUAGGAAAAUGUUUCAUUUCGGAAGUGCAAUUUAUGUUAUUUUUAGAACGAUGCAUCUGAAUAGGGUUAUUGUAUUUUCGCCUUAAUGUGGAAGGGGGCGUGCCCGGUGGUUGACCAUAACUGGAGCAAAAACACAAAGUCCCCGCACAUGGCGCACUCGGUGCACUUGCACUCUUGGCCAUGUGGAGGCCGACUUAAUCAAUGGAAACGCUGGCAGGGAAUGGGAAUGGCCCGAGCGGAGCCAACUUGUCGUGUGUGGGCUGGGAAGCGGGAGAGCGGGCUAUUCAGGGAGCAGCAGGGGUGGCCUGCUCUUUUCAGCAAUAUGUGAAUGCGGAACUAUUGAUUUUGCAAUAAAAGUGCGCGCGCAGAGCCGAGAUUUAUGCCAAAAGCGGAGAGUAGCGAAUUCCACGAGACCCGCCACGAUGUGUGCCAUGUUGUCGGCGGUCAGUGAGGAGAAGCCGGAGAGCUGGAGCGCUAGAGAGCUGCGAAAUCCGGAGACCAGUCGCCAGUGCGGAGCAGAAAGCCUUGGGUCACGAGCCACCAGCUGCCAGUAACUCGAAGGGAAAAAAUAAUUACCACAGAACAGCACUGCUCAAGAAUUAACAAAUAAUUGUACAUAAAUUAUAAAUACCAAUAAUAGCCAGAUAAUUGUGCAAAGAAGCGGAAUUCCUGGAACUUUGUGAAUUCUACCUUCAAAUCGACAGGAAAAUCCACUGGCACGUGAUGCAACCAACGUAUGGAUGGGCCCAUUGAUUAAAGUGAAUUUCUGUGGGGUCAGCUAGCCAAAAAUCGAUAGGUUUGUGGCCUAUCCAAGGAACGUGUCCUCCAGCUGGAAACGUGCGCAGCCUGCAGAGUAACCAAUUUUCCCUUUUUUGUGGACCCAUUGAAAAGUCGGAUGAAAAUCUCAACCCUACGCAGGGUUAUAUAACCGCACAACAUACAACACCGCCCACGCAGCUUUGCAGCUAAAUCGAUAGACUAAAAACCGACAUGACGAGCUUCUAAUUGGAUUGGAUAGCACGCGAGGGAUUAACCAGCACAGGGAUUAACCAGAGGAGGCACCAGUGACCACCACCCACUUGCUACUUGGAAUUACAGGGUAGUCGCGCGCUGAGAAAUGGGCAAGAAAAAGGUGCCCGUUGAGGACCUGGUGGUUCCACCGCAGGACACGCGAAUAUGCGGCACCAUAUGCAUCUGCCAGAUGACCCUGGUGCUAAGCUCGGUGGCUCUGGUCUACCUCACGGUGGCCAUAUACAUGCCCUCCACCAGGGCCUUCAAAAGUGGCAUCGAUCCCACGCCGGUGAUGUGCACCACCACGCGGGCGGUGAACAAGGACAACUGCGAGUGGGGCAGUUGUGGCGAGUGGUGCUUGAGCAAGACUUCCGGAGCAUGCAUCCAGAUCUAUGUGAAUCUGCGCAGCAAUGGCAGCAAUCUCAUAUUCCAGAACUGCACCAACUCGGCCAAUAAAACGUGCUAUGGUAUCGAUCAGGAUCGGGCGGACAAGGCCAGGUGCAUCAAUGAUGAGUGCAAGAAUCUGACGGGUACCUUCAAUUGCACCGCUGGCCAGUGUCUGAACAUCACGGAUGCCUUCGAGUGCAUCUUCCACAACAGCGAUGCACCAGUCAAGUGUUCCGGCAGGCGGGGAAAGAUCAACUGCAUGGACAUCAGCGGGCUGUACUCCUGCAGUCGAGGCACCUGCCGGAAGAUCCGGACUCCCUACAACUGUGACCGGAGGUGCGUGGACAUCCCCACACGGAACAAGAACGUGGUGGUCCUCAGCGGGGACAAAGUCUACCUGUCGCAGUGCCAGAAUGCCAUCAAUGCCGAAACUCUGGAGGAGGUGUGGAACGAGUCCAGCGAAAAUGUGGCCAUGACAUCGUGCUACUUCAUCAGGCACACCUCGGACCAGGUGGAUGCGGUGGACUGCAUCAAUGGCUCCACGCUGGAGACCAAUAUGCUCAGCGAUCUGACCAACUUCACAUAUCUGAGCCACCUGCACGUGUCGGUGGCCACUCCGGUGCCGGAAAUAGCACCACCCGAUGUGGAUCUCACCAUUUCCAACGAGUCCAAGCUGAUGAUCAACCUGGAGGGGUGUGUGAACACCCUGAUGGACGAGUGCAAGGAGUUCCUUAAGGACUUCGGACGCGAUGGCAGCGACCACAAUGCCCGGGCCCGCUUCCCGUGCUUCUAUUCGCCCGGAAAGAAGGACGUGGUUGUGGCCCGUUUCGAUCUGGAGGUCACCUAUCGCCAGUUUGUGUUCGCCUCGGUGGUGCCAUCGGUUCUGUUCGUGGUCUCGUGCUCCAUCCUGAUCAUGUGCCAGACCACCGUCUACGUGGGCGACGAUGCCAAGAUGCGGUUCAAGGGAUGUGUGGACACGGAGACGGUUCUGAACAAGAACAACGUGGGCGCACCCACCAACGGCGACAUGGGCGGGGGCGGCGGCGAUGAGGUUAUGGCCCUAUGAGAUCCGUCACGCAUUCCUCUGCUCCAGGAAGACAGUCCGACACACCAGACGGGGGUCUUCGCUUUGCAAUAAUUGGAGUUGGGCACCAGCUGAAGUCAGGAACACAAUCGAGCAACUUGAAAUUCUUUGUAAUCCUUCCAUCGAACUUUUGACACUCCGACACCCCAACACACAGAAAGACACAGAGACACGGACCACACCUCAGAGGCUUGCAAGGACACUACUGAGCUAACCAGGAUAAACUGAAUCUCACAGACCGACACCAAAAUUCGGUAUCCCAUGCGAGGCGCUUGACAUUCUCAAGAUAACGACGAUCGGCAGAUCUGAAGACAAUAUUAGUAUAUUUUUCGACUGUUUAGUUCAGGAUUAAUUUGGGUUUUGGUUUUUUGGAAUAGAGCCAGAGGCUGCAGGACUUGUAGUAUAGCAGGAGAUUAAGGAGCGAGGUUAUAUUUAAAGUUAUUGCAAUUAUGGAACUUAGUUUUAUCUAGGGAAUAACCGCACACACGCACAUCCACAUGCACGGCACACACACUCACACACACACAGAGAUACACCCACGUCAACACACUACACACCAGAAUCGGCUGAAGAUAUAGAAGAUAUAUAGAACAAGGUUCAGUCGCCGGGAGAGAGGGCAGAGAAAUUCAAAAAUGGCUUAGAGUGAGGGAUGCGUGAUCAAAAAUCUAAAGAAAAAUCUCGAAACGACAACUAGUCGAUAAAAGUCAAAGCAAAAUAAGUUAACCCCACAAGGCUAACAUAAAAACAUAAUAAGCAUUAAUUUAGAUAACGAAGUAAAAACCAAAAAAAAAAAAA